AUGACAGCGCCACGAGUCCCAGCACUCCGCGUCCUGGAAAAGUACCGAGACAAGCUCGACGCCAAGGCCAGGCACGAGGGCCAUGCCGACAUCAAUGAGUUGAAGAAGGCUUACUCCGAGAAGAUCCAAGACCAACGGCUCAAAGAUGCGGCGACUACGACGUUUCCAACAGUCUCACCAGUAGAGACGUCAGACGAGACAGCCGUUCAAAGCAAAUCGAGCUCGUCAACUCCCGGUCCCCUGAGCCCGGCAGCAGUGAGCGCGCACAACCCCUCCUCUCCGAACUCCGUCAAGCCUCUCGACGCCAUCCUCGACCUACCAAAGGCGCGCGAUCUACCCGUGCCCGAACUCUCGGCGAUCUGGCGGCUACGACAUGCCUCGUCGCCCAACUCUCUUUGCGCAGUAGUGCCGGCGCAUACAUACGCAGCGAUGGAGGAGGCAGCGCGCAAGAACCCACAGUUUGUGCUUCCUGUGCCACACCCAGAGCAGGGCGCAGAGAUUCACUUCCUACAAUGGACAUUCGAUCCACCAACAAGCACAAGCACUGUGCUGUUCACUCAACUGGCCGAGUAUAAGGCGCGAGGGGAGUUUGCGGUGCCACAUACGACAAUCACGCAUCACUUGGACCUGCAGGGCGACAAGGGCAUUGUGCUGAUGCAGGGAAACGUGAUGGAGGGCCGAGGAGUCAAAGCAGAUGAUGCAAGGUGGCUGGUCAUGUGUUUGCAGCGCUUCUACGGCGGUUGGGAUGGCGAGAAGAGCGAGGUCAGCAAAGAGAGGGCCUUGGAGAGAAGGAAGUUGGUGGAAUGGUUCGCAACUGGUGACGAGAGAUUUAGUGUAGAGAAAUUGAUGGAAGAGGCAGAGCGAAUGGGCUAA